UCGAACUGUUGGGGUGACACUGGACUAUCAAGCUUCAGAUCAGUAAUGCUGAACCCAAAAUAUCUGCUGGUCAAUGUUUUUUUUUCUUUUAAUCUGUAGCACUCUUACAAAGUGAUAAUGAAUUUUGAAAAGCCGUUAGAGUCCUUGACUUCAUCUUCAGGGCAAGUGAAAGAUGUCACCAAGAAAAACGUAAGACAAUCAAUGGGGAAGACAUUCUUUUUGCCAUGCAGACGUUAGGGUUUGACACCUAUGUAGAACCUUUGAAACUCUACUUGCAAAAGUACAGAGAGUCAAUCAAAGGAGAAAAAUCAGCUCUUGUGUCGGAAGGAAGAGAAGGCGAGAUGGAAGAAGAUGAACAUACUGUCCAUCAGUUCCAAGUUGCAGCUGCUGCCCACCUUCACCCUUCAAUGAUCGCUACAGAUCAAACUCCAACAACUAUAUACAGCACUGCUCCAUAUCAAACGACGAUGCAGCAACCUUUGCACUUCCAAUAGAGUGAGCACCAUUUAACAGAUCAUUUUACAAAAUGGAUAUAAUAUGUAUAUGUACAUAAUUUAUCUCUCAGAGCUGCUAGAUCAUGCCUCUCCUGCUGGUAGUCUGUUCUUUAGAUUACACUUGUAUACCUGUAGUAUAGUUGCUGAUUUUUGGCCGAGUAGAGACUGAAUACAAGUGGAGUGAAGUAUGACCUGUUUUCAGUUUAUCCUCGACCAAAGAUACAAGUCUGUUGUUUCAAUAGACCAUUUCCCAGUUGCCUUUUGACCCUGGGUCAAAACGAGUCUUCAUGCAAAACCAUUCAUGUGAAAAUGUGUUCCCCUUUACAGGUUCGUUUUCAUACAAAUCAAACUCAUUUUCAUUUGAAAGGUUUUGCACGAGGUCUUGUUUUGAAACAGAGGCACAAGGUAGCUUGGAAGUGACAUAUUUGAACAUCCAGAAGAUGUCCUAAGAGAAUCUCAGAGAUUUUACCAGAGCUGCGCUCUUUUGUAGAAGCCAAGUAGAACUGUGUUCAUACUUGUGGUGGUGUGCAGAGCUUUUCAGAUGUAUAGUGUUCCAGUAGUGGGUUCACCAAAGGUGCUGUUGUAUUGGGCAAUCGUUAGUGUAACAGUCUGGCUUCAUAAACGUACAUGUAACUUGCGUAGGGGUACAAUUAUGGAAGAUGGUGUUUUGUGGAAAAUAUUGUUGACUCGUGUUGCCUGAGAAAAUUGCCUAUUGUAAAGAUUGGCACUCCCUGGGAGACAUGUUGAAGGAUAUGAAGCGGAGAGAAGCCGCUUUGUGUGUUCGCCUGUACACACAAAGCCCCUUUGUGUGUAUGUGUGUAGUUUAUGGCUGUGCUGUACCUGGGACAGUUUGCAAGAACAGUACACACCUUCAAACAUGGAAAAUUAGGUCAUUUUGUCCCUUCUUCAUGACCCAUGAAUUCAAACCCGCCAAAUUUUAUGGGUUAAAUUUUGCCCCCACAACAGAACUCUUUUACAAAACCAAGCAUGUCACACGAGGAAAACUGUUGCUGUAGCAUGUCCUCUCUAUGUCCCCACAACAUGUACCCAAGUGUAUGCUGACCUUGUUGUACUGGGAAGCAUUUUUUUUAUUGCAGUAAGCAUUGUACAAGCAUUAAUACAUGUGUAGCUUAUCUUGUAAUUUCAUCGCAAUUGAGUUACACUGCAUUAAAGAUAGCCCAGUGUAACAGCUCCUGUAUACAUAUUAAUGUAAAUAAUUAGGUACUGUAUUUAGAGAAAUUCAAUAGAGUAAACAGGAAUGUAUUUAUCUUGGAUGGUUAUAAUUUCCUUUUAACUGCUUCAUAACUUUUGGCAGUGUGUGGACAUAGGGGAUAAACUACAGAAAUAGUAUACACAGGAAGAUUUCAAGUCUAUUUAGAAAUAAAACUUGGAAAGUAAA